CUCCCGAGUGCCGUGGCCCAUGACGAAAUAUAGCUUCACUUGCACCGCUGCCUGCUGCACAGCUGUAUACUGCCGUGUACAAACAAACUGCCGGCCAGGGACUGCCUAAGGGGGGGUGAUGUGUUUUCUAAACAAAAAAAAGACUGCCCUGAGCAGAUAUAAACCGGCAAUGCAUCUGCCACUGCGGAUUUUUGGGAACUGCAAUCAUCGAUAUACGCAGACACGAACAUGGCGUGGAUUUCUGAGGAUGUCGCCAGGCAAAAAUUGCUCGUCUUCGGGCUCCUGGCCUGUCUGAUUGUGUUCGCUGUCACAAAGAUCGAAAAAGUGGUCCGCGAGCGGAAGUUGCUCCCUCUACCUCCAAUGCCACCGGGCUUCCCUCUUGUUGGAAAUCUGCCACAACUUCAGAAAGCAGGCAAGACUCGAGAAGAACAUCUCCUGUUCCAGCGAUGGGCUGAAGAAUAUGGGCCACUUUACCGGGUUAAAAUCGGGCUCUUUACGCAGUACAUGGUCAACACCGAUCUCGCUGUGAAGGAAAUCUUCGACAAAUCAGCAAGACAAUCCGCCGAUCGCCCUCCGACCAUUGUCAGCAGAGAUCAUAUCAGUAAUGGCCUCAGUCUGUUGACACUCGAUUCCAGCAGUCCCCGGUGGAAGCUGCAACGUAAAGUAACCUGGUCGAAUGUGGGAAGCAUUGCGCGCGCAAACGAGGGCCUUCCGUACCUCAAUUUUGAGACGUUGAAGUUCUUGCACGAGGUCGUUUCGGACCCCAAGCUCCAAACAUCCAGCAAUGCGUUGUGGGGUGCCGUGAAGCGUUAUACUUAUAGCAAUUUCGCGACUCAGAUGUUUGGACUGGAAAUACCAAAGUUGUCAGAUCCCUGCAUCGAAUACAUCCACGAGACUGCGGAAGCACAGGUUCUCGGCACGAUACCUGGAUACUACGUGGUAGACAUCCUGCCCUUCCUCAACCGACUGCCGAUGUUCUUGAAGCCUUGGGAGCGCAAUGGACGCGAACGUUUCCGUCGGGACAUGCGUUGGAUCACCGAAAAGAUGCACCGAGUGCAAGCCAUGUCCGAUAAGGAGAGAGCUCUCAUCAAGGACUCUCUCAUGUGCAAGAUUGUCGAGGAUGAAAAGCACCUCGGGUUCGAUACCAAGGAAGAGGGUGCCUAUGUAUGCAUGCAGUUGACCAUUGCCGGGUCCGACACCAGCCAGGCUUCGCUCUGGUGUUUCCUGGAAGCCAUGAUGCGCUUCCCAGAGGUGCAAGAGAAAGCAUACAAGCUCCUGGAUGAGGCCAUGGGCGAUCGCAUUCCCGUCUUUGAAGACCACGAGCGUGUCCCGUACAUUCGAUGCAUGGUCAAGGAGACACUCCGCUGGCGACCCCCCGUUUCUCUGGGCCAGCCACAUUGCACGUCGGCCGACAUCACCUUUGAAGGCAUGCGCAUCCCGAAAGGAUCUUUCCUGCAUCUCAACGCCUGGGCAGUCCAGCACAACCCCGACCGACAUCAAGAUCCCGAGCGAUUCUGGCCCGAACGAUAUCUCAAUGACCCCACCUCGACCAUGGAAAGUCUCAACAACCCGGAUGCGACCAAGAGAGAUCACUUUGCCUUUGGUGCUGGUCGCAGAGUAUGCUCGGGCUACAAUGUGGCCGAACGAUCUCUCACCGUCGCCAUCAUGCGCAUUCUCUGGACUUUUGAGGUGAAGAUUGCGCCUCAUGCCAAACUUCCCUUGGACACUCGAGACUGGUCGGGCUUAUUUCCAGGCACUCCCGGUGAGGAUAUGCCUGUCAUGCUGGUUCCACGAAAACACAAGGUGCCCAUUAUUCAAAAGGAAUUUGCUGCUGCUCAAGCCGAUCGUGCUUUGUUUCAAUCUCUAGACGGGAAAUGAUGAGUUUCGUCAAGCGUUAUUGCCAUAUAUAUCUAUCUAUUUCAUAUACUUCUUUC